CGGGUAAUUUAUUAAUUAAUCAAAAAAAAUACAUGGCUUCCAUGAACAACUGGCUAGGCUUCUCUCUCUCUCCUCAAGAUCAUCAACACCCACAAAUAGGCAACUUCACCUCUGAUGAAAUCUCAACCGCACAAAUCUCUGGGGAAUCUUGCUUCCAUCUCCCCUCAGAUUCUCCCAUCCCCUCUCUGAAUCUCCCUGCCCCACCUUUUGGCAUCAUGGAAGCUUUCAACAGAAAUAACAAUCACUCUCAAGGGGUUAUGAUAAGGAAGAUAACGGCUGCUCGAGCUUAUGAUUUAGCAGCAAUGAAGUAUUGGGGGAACUACCACAACAACAAAUUUUCCGAUGAGUAACUAUGAGAAAGAGAUUGAGGAAAUGAAGCAUAUGACAAGGCAGGAAUAUGUAGCAUCUUUGAGAAGGUGCAGAAGCCUACGACAUCGCCGCGAUCAAAUUCCGAGGCCUAAACGCCGUCAUCAACUUCGAAAUAAACCGUUACGACGUGAAGAGCAUACUCGAGAGCGCAACCCUAGUCUAGUUGAUAGAUGGAAAUUUCCAGUGCCUUCUUUUUCUAUUUUGGGUUAGGCUGAGAAAUUAUUUAAUAACUUUAAAAAAAAAAGGAAAAAGGUUUUGUUGGGAGA